GCAGCGCGGCGGCAGCAGCGGCAGCAGCAGCAGCAGAGGUGCCCUAGACUGGGAACAUUAGCGAAAAUCUAGUUGACAGUGGAAGAAUUUCCUGGAGUGGACUGCAAAAAACAGAACUGCAAGAGUCAAGAGAGUGUUGGCGUGUUCAGGCCAGAGUCUCCGUUCUAUACAGCACCAAAUCCUAGGACUUGAUUGCUCUCCAUUCACUGUUUCCACCCGUGCUGAGUGCCUGUCCUAAGAUUCUGAUAGAGGUUGUUUUCCCUUGGCAUAUACACACACUGCUGAGUUGGGAAGCUGCUUCAUUUGCAUUUAGCAUCCAUUGCCAGUCUCUGGUAAACUUGGGAAACAAAUAGAAACUCCGAGAUUGCUAAUCAGUAUACGUGAGUUUACUUGCAAAGAAAAAAGAAUUAUGGAGCCCAUAUUGAUAAAUGCUCAAGUCCAGAUGUGGAGUGCAAAGGCAGGAAUGUCCAAGUCAAGAAAUGCACUCAUUGAAACAUGUAUAGGAAAAAGAGAAGUCAAGCUGAUUCUCUAUUUCAGCACUGGAAAGAUUAAGACUUUGCAACUACACAAUAAUAUUAAAAGUGUGGUCCUUCAAACCUAUGGCGAAGACCAGAAUUACCUACAUUUGACUUUUAAAAAUAAUGAUUUCUUGUUUGUUGAGAAACUCACCACCACAGAUGCCAGAAAACUGAAGAGAUUCCUAGACAAAACCUAUCAAGGUAGUAUUCAGCCAGCCAGAAGUUAUGAGAGAUGUGGUGAGCCUAGCACAAGUGCACAGGAGUUGAAUGACUCUGGAAGUUCAUGUGAAACAAAUAGUGAGUGCUUUGAAACACCCAAAGACAGUGAAAUGUGCAUGUUUCAGGAGUUGUCUUUGCUUCCAUCCUCAUCAGCCUUUCUUCACAGUGUAGGAUUAUUAGAAACCCAAUUCAUAAAGAGGAAAAGAUUUUUCUCUGAUUUAGCAAAGAAUGAAAAUCAGAGCAACCUGAAGGACAGUAUCAGGGACUUUGAGGCAAAUUUAGUGGUGUGUAUAUCUAAUGAAAAUGGAAAAGAAAGGAAUGUAAGAGAAGUAGACAUCAGUAAGUCAGGGUUUGGAUUUCCACUUGAGACCAACUAUCCUGAAGAUAGUGGUGUGGAUGUUCGUGAUCUUAAUGAUCUCAUUACAAAAUUAUUUUCUCCAGUUCUGUUGGAAACACACGGUAUUGAGAACGGCCUAGAUUGGCAUGAGUAUAUGAAAACAUGCUUGCUUUACCCAGAGAAAUUGUGGCAAGGCCUGCCUAAUGUGGGAAACACCUGCUAUAUAAAUGUUGUAUUACAGUCUCUAUGCUCAAUACCACUGUUUAUUAAUGAUUUAUUCAACCAGGGUUUCCCAUGGAUUAAAGCUCCCAAAGAUGAUUUUAACAUGCGCUUGAUGCAACUGCUUGUUUUGAAAGAUAUUUACAAUGCACGAUUUAGACAGAAGUUACUUAUAGGCAUUACAAAAGCCCUCCCCAUAUUUGGAGAGAUAUUUGCUGCUGACAGGCAGAAUGAUGCUCAUGAGUUUUUAAGUCUCUGUUUAGUUCAGUUGAAGGAGACUUUCCAAAGAAUAACCAUGAUGUGGCAGUCUGAAAAUGAGUCGGGGGAUUUUUAUUUACUUAAAGACAUUUUUGCUGAUUAUGCUACUAUCAACAAAAUGCCCGUUUGUCCUGUAACCAAUAAUUUUGAAUUUGAGUUGCUAAGCUCCAUUUUUUGUAAAGCUUGUGGCCUGACUCUUUUUAAGGGAGAACCAAGUAGAUACCUUUCUAUCAACAUUCCCCAAGGAGGGGAAGACAUGUCCAUCCAGUCCACUUUAGAUUUUUUCUUUAGUGCAGAGGAGCUUGAGCAUAGGUGUGAAAAGUGUUUGUACGACAAAUCUGUUUCAUCGCACAGGUUUGGCCAGCUACCCAGGGUUAUUAUUGUUCAUCUGAAACGCUAUCAGUUUAAUGAGUCAUGGGUAAUAAAGAAGGAUGAGCGGCCCAUCCUUGUUUCCAAAUACUUAAGGCUGUCUUGUCAUUGUAGCAAAAUCACAAAACCGCCCCCACCCCUUCGCCCAGGUGAACAUGUUAAGAAUCUUGACUUAUUAAAACCCUUUGAAGUGUUGGGUUCUGAAAUACUCAAAUUGCCUUUUAAUUCAGUGAGGACCCCUAGAUCCAAGGGUUUCUCAACUAUAAACAUCAGAUCAAACAGGGAGUCAGAAGCACAAAGUGGGAAAAGAGUCUCUGAAGUGUUGAGUGGAAAAGUGCAGCAGGAAAAUUCAGGGAAAGGUGACACAGCACAUAUAAUUGGGUCAGAACUUACAAAGGAGACCGAGAAACUCAAGAAACAUGAGGAAGAGCAUAGACCUAGUGAUUUAGAUUAUGGUAGUAUCAGGGAGGCCCAAAAGUACCAACAGGCUGAGAAAUGUAAUGAAGGGAGAAGUGAUAAGCACAUUUCCCUAGAGGCACUUACUCAAAGCCAUCCAAAACCAAUCUCCCAGGAACAGACCGAAACCCUUGGGAAAACUACACUUUCACAUACCCAGGAUAGUAGUCAGGGUUCACAGAGCUCAUCAGGUUCCAGUAAGAGCUCCCGAUGCAGUGAUGAUCUCCAUAAGAAGGCAAAGCCUACAUACAAGGGGGAUCCAACAAAGUUAAAUAAAAAAGAAGAAAAUGUUUACAGGCUUGUUAAUGUUAUCAACCAUAUUGGGAGCAGUGCCAAUGGAGGCCACUAUAUCAAUGAUGCCUUUGACUUCAAGAGUCAGAGUUGGUUCACUUAUAGUGAUCUCCAAGUAACAAGGAUCCAAGAGGACUUUGUAUAUAGGGGUCGGAGUUCGACUGGCUAUGUCUUCUUUUACAUGCAUAAUGAUAUAUUUGAAGAGCUCUUGGCAAAGGAAACUCAGUCUACCAGCUCAUCCAAGGGUUAGGAAGAGGAGUGUGUGCCUCACAGUACAUGUCUAUCCAAAUGCCUCACUUAUCUAAACUGGAUAGAAAAGGACUAAUAAUUCUCCCAGGACCAACAGCUCAACGAACAUUUAUAGAGAAACGUUUGUUCCAACCCUGACCACAUCAGUCUUAUAAUUACAGCUCAUGCUAAUGAGUGUUCUCUUAGACAAGUUUGGAACUGUAACUUUUGUAUAGUCUUUUGUCAGAAAAUGUAUUAUUGACAGUGAGGUUUUUCAGUAUUUUGGCAGAAGUUAUAUAAUCCAAAGUUGCUUUUAUAUCGAUUAAAAUGACUUAUUUUGCUUGCAGUCAUAAACCUUCCAGUAAAAGGUAUGUUUUCUCUCAUUUCUGCUUGCUUUCUUGCAUGGCAGCAUAAUAAGUUCUAAUGGAAAAGCUUUUUAUAUAUCAGAAGAACAACCACACAUGCCCAGACGCAGCACAGUUCAGACGAGUCUAUCCAGCGCUGUUACCCCAGCUUGCUGCUCUCUUGCUCUCUCUACAUUUGAAAUGUUUCAGUGUCAUCCUCCCCUCCUGGCUUUCUCACAGUGGAUGUCAAUUAAUGGUGGUGAUGAAGUGAAGAGAGAAGAGAACAUUUUAUGGCUGCACAUGUUGGAAAAAAUACAAAAAUGUGGAGAGGGCUGCAUUUAGCUUUUGUUGAUUUGUAGGAGUUUUCAUUAACACUGAACAAUGUUCUUACUGUUCUGAUUUAGGCCUUGGUUUUAUAAACUGUUUUCAAAAUAGUUUGAUUCUGUUAAGUCUAUUUUCCAGUGUCUGUCUUUAGUUGUCUUGUCUUUAAUGGGGUUAUUUUCUUAUUAGGAAAAAAAAUUUUUCCACUUCUGGAAUUGAAGGAGUUCUGCAUGUGCUCGGGGCCCACUGUGUGCUCCUUUCUCCAGAAUUCUCUAUUUGAGAUGGUUGACACCGUACUUGUAUUAGCUGGACAGAAUAGAUCAGUUAAGAGCCUUCUGAUGACACUGGAGGAUCCUGGUCUGCAGAUGUAGCCAAUCUGGAUGCUUGAACUUUUCCACCUCUUCAGUGGCUUUCUGAUAUGUCUCUGUCAUAACUUUUGGCCUCCAGCUCUUUGAUAGAGCAUCCUGCGGUUCCUUAUCACCUGGCCUUUUCUUCCAGCUGCCAAACCAGAUGCUUUGCCUUUGAGUGUUCCUCCUCAGUGGAUAUCCUUUUCCAAAUGACAACUCUGGUUAACUGCUCAUUGACUGCAGCCCUCUCAUUCUACGUUCCUCACUUGCUUACGGCAUCUACGG